AUGCUCGAAGGCCACUAUAGGUGGCUGGCUGAGACCAACAUGGAGACGCUGCUCAAGGACCCCUUUCCGGAGGAGGUUCACAUCAAGCGCUACUACCCACAGGCAUACCACGGCACGGACAAGCUGGGCCGUCCGCUCUACAUCGAGCGGCCCGGGCUUAUUGACAUGCCACGGCUGCUGCAGGUCACAAGCUGUGAGAGAAUUCUUCAGUAUGUUUAUGCACAGACGGAGCUGCAAAUACGGCGUCGGCUGCCGGCAUGUUCGCUAAUGCGCGGAGAAGUGGUUGACAAGUCUUUGAACAUCAUGGACUUGGAGGGCCUGAGCUUCAAAAUUGUCACGCACACGACGGCGCGGAAGGUGGUCAAGGACGUGGUCAGCAUGCUGCAGAACCACUACCCCGAAUGCAGCGGGAGGAUGAUCAUCAUCAAUGCCCCUCGGGUUUUCGGCAUCGCAUGGUCAUUUGUAAAGCCACAGCUGGAUGCAAAGACGGUCGAGAAGAUCUCGAUCUUCGGAAGCGAUCAGCGAGAGGCGUACGUGCAGUGCCUCCUUGAUCUGGUCGACGCUGAUCAGCUGCCUCAGAUGUACGGCGGCACUUGUGUCUGCGACGGUCAGGACCCUACGUCCUGCAUGCGUGCCGUGAAGGGGCCAUGGGCGAAGCCAGAGGUGCUAAAGAUCUUAGAAGAGCAUCCGCUGGACGAGGUUCUCACCCCGGAGGGCGCGAAGCUGCUCUUGAAAUCUCAGCAGGAAGGUGAAGCUGCCGCCUCAUCCCAGACCGCGGAGUCGCCAGACGCCGCAGGCAUGAUGGAAGACGUGCACGCUCUGGUCGAGUGGGUCCGGCCGAACGAUUCGUCCGCGACACUACCCGACUCAGUAGCGAAUUCGGCAGAGGGCGAAGAUCCGACGGCGCAACACCGGACCAGGUCUGCCGUGGUUCUGCCCGAGCUCGCCGAGGCGGAAUUCGUCGAGGCUGAGCGAAAGGUUGCCACGAUCGUGGAUGAGUACCAGGCCCUGGACGAGGUGCACAUGAAGACGCUGACCGACUGGGUGGCCGAGUUCAACUCACUCGUGCAGGAGAUUGGACGGCCCGUGCUCGAGAGAGCACAGGGCUACUACGACAGCCGGGCCAUUUGGCAACAAGCGAUUCAGGACUUCGCUGAGCAGCAGGGCGUUCUGGACCGGGUCAACCUUGAGCUGGAGGUGGCGGUGAAGAAUUUGGCCAAGGCAGAGACGGCUUUCGAAGCCUUCCUCCGGGGCAGCGACGCUCUAUCGGACCAGCAAUGGGAGGAGCUCGCACCCGCCAAGGUCGGUGACGAGAACGAUGCAGAGCUGGACUCUGAUCCCAAGCUGCUGCGCAUGAUUCGCGUCUCUCGUCUUGGAGACACCGUCGCCAAUCUGCAGACCCGCCGUGACCGGGAGGUCGGGGAGCUAAGCCUCAAGCGCGAUGAGCUCGAGGAAGCUCGAAGGCGUUUUGAGAGCGAAGAUCAGAUGCACAGCGCUUGCACGUGGAACUGCUCUGUGAAACGGGCAGCGCCUUUCUACGAGAAACGGCGGCUGCAUGAGUUCAAGGUGGACCAGCAGCUGACACAGCUCCAUGCUGUGGAGCGCCGCCUGAGCGAAGCGAGGAAACACCUUGCUGAGGUGCAGGGGGCAGAGUCUCCGGCCUCGGUGAAGAGGAGGUCUCAGUCGCGUCAAAUCGACGAGCUGAGUUUGCAGAGCUUCGAGAUCGCGGGGGCGGAGCCUGCGCACGACGAAUUCCUGUCCUCGAACUAUGCAAUGGAGAUGUUUGCCACGGGCAGCGUUGUCAUUGUGAGGCACGCAAGUCAAAUGCGCCGCGUCUCCGCCAUUGAGCGUGAGGUGGCCAGAUCUGCGAGGGCGCAUGCGGACCGGAGCACGGCCAAAGAUGCCGUCGGACCCGGUAGUGCGACCGGCGCAGCCGGCGACGAGAGCCCAGAUGAACAAGCGUGCCGAGAUCGAGCAAAAGCUCGGGAAGCCCGGCAUGCUGUCCUCGUGGAUGCUGUUCGUGGGGUCGUUGUGUGGACCCUGUGCGCCAUGCUUCACCUUGGCUUGGUAUGGACGGUGGCACAUUUUACGGUGAGCUUGCACCUCACUGCAAACGCGUCGAGCCUUGCUUGGAUGUUGCUUGGUUCCUUACCCGUCUUUUCGGCCGAGCGGUUCCUGCAGCGCAGCGCUGCGGGCAUCAACCUCCGAGGGAUCUCCGGGGAUGGCCCUUUGCAAUGUCGGGGAGUUCCCUUGCCCUCCCUCGUGCCGCUGCCGCUCUUGCCAGGAGCCCCUUGGUUCGGGCCGCGGAUCGUUCGUCUGGCGGCAGGAUCUACUGCAGGCCUUUCCUUGGCAGCGCUGGCAAGGCUCUCGUCUCCCUUUGCUGCCGCUCUGGGCGGGUGUGCGGAGACCGUUCUGCUGCUCGUCAGAGCAGCGUACGCCUGCAUCUGGAUCUGCGACUGGCGCCUUCAGCAGAUGUGGCGCAAGAGGAAGUAG